UCCUUAUUGCCAAACUGCAAAGACAGGGCUGUACUGAAUGCAGCGUAAUUUUGACCCAUGUUCCAUUAGCUGAGCGGCCCUGAGGGCACGAGCUUCCGCGCGGGGCUGUAAUGCUACACUGUCCUCCCUCUCCGGCCAGUUCAUCCUCAGCAGCGCAGAGCUAUGGACCUCAAACCGUAGUGCUCUUCCAACACAGCGUAUCUGCAGUCACCUGCGACUCCAAUAGGCAAUCAAUAUUGAUAGAGUAUUUUUAAGGAUUACAGCCAUAAGGCAAUACGUCGCGGGGGGAAGGCUGGAAUUAUGAAGCGCGGUCAACAUGUCUAAGGCCACUGUAAAGAAGCUGCACUGGCGCUCAAAAGUGCAGGAGAGCUUCGUCCCACUGGGCGGAGCCUCAGGAGAGCUUGGUGUGGCCAUAGGAGGUGGUGCAGAUUAUGGAGAGUUCCCAUUUGUCACAGCAGCACCUGGGGGUGGAGCCACUGUUGGUGACAUCAUCCUAGAAAUCGGCGGUACACCUGUCCUGGGAUUGACCUUGGGAGAUGUGAGAGGGGUCCUAAACUCAUGUCCACAUCCAAUUCGGAUCAAAACCGUAUCACCAGGCUCGACUCUCUGUAAGGAUCUGAGACUUUACCUGAGCAAGUGUUUUACACCUGGAUCCAUGGACAGCCAACUCCAACAGGUCAUACGAGAGAACCUCUACCUGCGCGCCGUGCCCUGUACGACCAGGCAACCACGGGAUGGAGAGAUCUCCGGGGUGGAUUAUAACUUUGUGUCCAUUGAGGAAUUCUUCUCCCUGGAAGAGUCAGGAGCCCUGCUGGAAAGUGGGAAGUUCAAAGGGAACUAUUAUGGCACACCUCGGCCAAUCCACAUCGGUCCUGAUAGCCCCCCCAUUACAUACCAGGAACAUCGAAAUCUCCUGAGGAACUUCCGUACCCGUAGCAAAUCACUCAGCAACCUGGAAAAGGCAGUGGAGGAAGGGGACAACAGCGAGGAAGACUCUGGUCUUUCAGCGGGGUCUGCAGGAGCCAGCAGUGCCCCUCCCACCACCAUUGUCUCACCUAAUCAGACUUGGGAUUUAGGCGGUGGGCGGGAUGGAGGGGUUGCCAUGGAGAAUGGAGCACGUGGAGGGGCAUUGCCUGAAAACUGGGAGCUGGCGUUCAGUGACACGGGCGAACCCUAUUACAUCAACCAUAACUCAAAGACCACAAGCUGGCUGGACCCAAGGACUCAGGGCAAAGAGAUUGUCAGCAAGACAGAGUUACCUGCAUUCACAGACCAACCAACUGAACUGAAGGGCUAUUCCAUACACACCCGCCUGUCGAAAGGGCCUCGUGGGUUUGGCUUUAACAUUGUGGGUGGCAGUAGACCUCGAGAGUUCCUGCAGGUGUACAGUGUCACCCCUGGAGGCCCGUCUGCACUCAAAACAGCGGACAUCCUAGUGUACAUCAAUGACUCAUGUGUGCUGGGUCUGUCCCACAAAGAGGUUGUAGAAAUGCUGAAAUCCGUCCCCAUGGGUCACAGUGUGGACGUGGUUCUCCGUCGAGGUUACCCAAUGCUCUACAACCCUGAUGGCUGCCCCAAAACCAGCCUCUCUUCCCCUUCUGACCCAACCAGCACCAACCCUACAGCCCCCGGGUCUGCUCAAUCCCAGGUCCAACAUCCCGAUGGACACCAGCCUGGCUUGGUGAACCUCAACCGCUCCAUGUCCCACCACAACAACUUCUACCCCCGCAUGCAGAAAGAGUCCUUGGAUGCUAAUGGAAACACAGCACCCCAGCUUUCAUACGCAAUGGCCAAUGGAAAUGGAGUGGGAGGGACUAUAGGGAUGGGGGCGGUGACUUCUUCAAAUGCCCCUCCUCCAUCAGAGCGGAUGAGCUCCAGUCAUAGUGAUACGGAGGUCUGCUCUGUUGUCACGCGAAGAGCUUCCCUUGUCCGAAGCUACAACAACAACUCUCUUCCAGCUCCUUCUCACGCCCAUCACAGUUCGAAGUCUUCCGAGAACGAGCUCUCCUCUGCUGUGCUCCCGCUGCCCCAGCCUGAGGUGGGUCCUACCGCCCCGCCAGGAGCGCCCAACACCCAGCGGCCUCCAGUGCCCCAAACAUCUCUUGGUGUUGCACCCCCAAACGAGCACCCACCCUGUGGUUUCAACGGGUGUCCAGCCAACAAUCCCCCGCGACCUCUUCCGGGUGGCCUAGGGUCCCCAGGAGCCCCAGGUGGGGUAGGCAGCGGUGGAGAGGGUGAGCUGGUACCUGUGGCCUUGGGCAGGAGUGAGGGAGGGGGUAUGGGUUUCAGUGUGACGGCUGGGGGGCAGGGAGGGCAGCUGGCGGUGGUGAAGAGAGUUUGGGACAGACGACAGUGCCACUCCCUACAGCCAGGGGACGCCAUUAUUAAAAUCAACGGCGCUGAUGUGCAGAGUCUCAGCUUCGCACAGGUGCAGCGAGUGCUGCAAGAACAUACCAAACAGGGUGAGGUGGUCUUACUGGUUUACAGAGGAGGUUCUCUUUGUUCCCCAGGCUCCCCAAAUGCCUAUAAGAGGCCUCCUCCUUCCCUGGGCACCCCUGAUCUGAUCUCGCCCUCCUCCGAUGGUGCUGUGCCCAGCCAGAGCACCCUCUCUCCCUCCUCACCUUGUGGUGACCUCCCCAACCUGGUCCAAAGCACCAGCUUCCUGGACUCAGUGCCCGUGACCCUGACCCUAGAGCCCCGGGACUGGAUAGGAGUCGAGGACGGACCUGCUCAGUGGAGCCGUACUGCUCCCUCUAAUCUCGGCGCAGUGUCCAAAAGCCAUGUAGACACGAGGGGAGCGAUCUCUUCCAGAGCGAUGGAGGUGGAGUUGAGACGGAGACCAGGAGAAGGAUUCGGGUUUGUCAUCGCAUCCCAGGACGUAAUGAAUGGAACCUCGUCUCUAGUGUCUCACAGGUUUGUGACGGUGCGACGGGGGAGCCCAGCAGCACGCAGUGGUCAGAUCCAGCCGGGGGAUCAGCUGGAGGCCGUGGAGGGCAGGUCCGUGGUCACGCUGCCCCACAGAGACCUCGCACAGAUACUGCGCAGAGCCGGCAACACACUCAGACUCACCAUUGUACCACGCUCUCACACUAACAAUAAUCUACCUGAGUACCCUGACUUUGAUGCUGAGAGUCGGUUAAGAAAAGGGCAUCGGGCUAAGCAAAAGGAUUCCCAGUAUUACAGCGUUGAUCUUGAAAGGGGCCCAACAGGGUUUGGUUUUAGUUUGCGAGGUGGAAGCGAGUAUAACAUGGGUCUGUAUGUGCUCGGUCUAAUGGAGGGUGGACCGGCCUCGCGCAGUCAGAAAAUGCAGGUGAGUGAUCAGCUCGUGGAGAUUAACGGAGACAGCACAGCUGAGAUGACACACAGCCAGGCCGUGGAGCAGAUCCGAAAGGGAGGAGCCCGGAUACAUCUCAUACUGAAGAAAGGCAAUGGAUACGUACCAGAUUAUGACCAUGAAGCUGGAGCUGCUUCCCCCUCCUCCGUCUUUUCCGAGGAGCCGCGUAUGGCUACAGUGGAUCACUCUCCUUCGAGGAGCAGCAGAUGGGUGGAUGACAGUGGACGAGAGAGGAGAGAGAGGAGGGGGAAGGAAAGGAGGGAAUCAGGGGGAAGGAGCAGAGGAAGAGAAGCGGAGGAAGGCAGCUCCCGGUCGGCAGAAAGAAGGAGAGAGCAACAGAUGCGUUCACAGAGUUUACCCGGCACGCUGAGGAGCCGAGAGGGGAGACGGAGAGAAGAGAAAGAUGACGACACACUGCGAGAAAGAAAGGGAGAAGAGGAACGACACCGGGGAAGGCAAAAAAGUAAUAGCAUUGGAGAGCGAAGGCGAAAAGUGAAGGAUGCUAGUUCAGAGAGAGAGAAUGGUCUCCUAACAGACCGAGAGAAAGAGAGAGGGAGUGUCAGAAGAGAAAAGAGGGAUCACAACAGAACCAGCAAAACGGAGGUCACACAGCGCACACCUUUCUCCUUCCUCAUGCCUUUGGACAAUGACGAUGAUGCAGAAUCGGCUCACAGCUUCUCUGAAGUCAGUGUGUCUGCAGCCAGCAUCGCAUUCUCGGGGACUCAGUGGCCCCUGGAUGCCAUCAGCCCUCUACAGGCUCCUGGAUCUCCGACAACAACCCCGGGACCCUGGCUAGUCCCCAGCCCUCACAAACUCUCUCAGGUUUUAGAGGGGAAAAGGCUGAGCCAGAAUAAGGGAGAACUGUGGUCCUAAUGCUAUUUCUUAAAGGGAUAGUUCACCUAAAAUCUUAACCUCAUGACGUUCCAAUUCAGUAUGACUAUUUAUUAUUUAUGACACUUUCACACUUUUCACUUUCACGUCACUUUAUAGGAAUUUACUUAAUUGUGCUAGUUGCACAUUUUCACGUGAAUGAAUGGGUACUGAAGCACCAACAAUGUUUCAUAUGACUGCUAAACUAUAUUCCAAGUCUUGUGAAGUCGUAUUAUAGCUGUUUGUGAGAAACACACAAACUGGUUCAGGCCAAUUCGAUUUUUGUAAAUCUAGUCAACUGAUUAAAAAAAUGAAUGAUUUAUGAAUCUUCGCUUCUUCUCAUAGAGAGCUAGAGCAGAUUUCAGUGAAUAAAGGUGCUGUUGAGUGAAUUUUCACUGUUGAAAUCCAGUCAUUUUAAUAGGAAUCCACACCAUAUGUAAUUUAAUGGGAGGCUAAAAAGAAUUCCCUUUUGUGUAUUUUGCAUCGACUUCAGCUGGUCAUGCAAAUUUGAAACCUGCUUGGUUUGAACGUGAAUUUUGUGUGAGUGGUGUUUCAUACAAAGGUACACCUUUGAAAUAUACAAUAUACCUUUUUUGCAUGCAAAAUUUUCAAUAGUGUGAUUAUGUGAAUGCACCUUAAAAUGAUAGUCCAUAGGAUAGCCACCCCCCAUUAUGUCAUUCCAAAUCUGACUUGCUUUACUUCCAUUGUAUAAACAAAAAUUACUAAAAGAGGGAAUAGGACCCGAAACUCUUUGGUUACAAGCCGAAGAAAGAAAUGUAUCCAGGUUUGGAAUGACAUAGGGGUGAGUAAAUGAUGACAGUUUUCAUUUUUGAGUGGAUUGUCCUUAAAAAAUUAGAUCUUGGUCUGUUUCUAUCACGUGUCAUAUUGACUUUUUAAUGUAACAUUUAAUGUAAUUUAGUUCUCAAUUCAAAUGAUUGCCUUUUAUGAUUAAUAUUCACUUCGAUGAUCCUUUUUGAAGCUUGUCUUCAAAAUUUCUCCUUUUGUGUUUCAUGGAAGAAAAUCAUACAGAGAGUCAUACAGCUUUGGAACGACUUGGGUGUUACUAAAUUAUUAUUUUUGUACUUUUAGUGGAGGUAAACUAUCUCUUUAACUUUCUCUUCUCUUCUGUCUCUUUCACUCUCUCUCUCUCUCACACACACACACUAUCUCUCUCAUCCAGCUUCUCCAGCUCUGUCUCUAUAUAUGUGGUUUUCAGUACACCAACACCACCCCAUCUGUUUCUCUGAUGUCUCAAAUCCAUUAUCUAUAAAGUACUAGAAUUGUGGUAUUGGUAUCAUCCAGACACUCCACUCUGGCCAACCAAUCCUUGACUUUAUCCCCAUCCAGUGGCCAAGGAGAGAAAAUGAUCAAAUGCUGCCAUUAUGAUGUGGCUAGCAUGAUAGUAACAGCAAGGUAUGCGUCUAUGAUUCAUGAUGUCCUUCAUAGCAUAUGUUUUUUUUUUCUUCAUAUCAUUGGCAUUUUUAUUUAGUAUAUUUUCCAUUUAUUUUCAUAAGAAUGCAACAAAAAUUCUAUUAUAAAAAGGAAGAUUUAUUUAAGACACGGUUGCUCGGUCAGGCCCCUGAAGAGCUACAUUUCUGAAAGUAAACUAGAUCAAAAACUGAUCUUCAGGAGCAGGACUAAGCGAUUAAAGAUAUUUUAUUAGCUGCUUGCUGUUUGUGACUGGACUGUAACCCCCUCCCCUGCUGUGUGCGCGGUGGUCUUGCUGUUAAAAGAGGGGGGAAGGAAGAUAACAGAACUAAAGAUAGGUUUUAUUAUAAGGCCAGUGAGCCGUAUCAAACCUCUCCAGGUGCCUUCUGCUUCUUUAGCCAGUGUUUACCAAAAAAGAGAAACAAAUACAAGUAAAAGAACAUAAGACGUAGCAUAGUAGAAAGUGUGCAACACUAUACUGUUCUGCCUCUUUAACAUCUAUAUCUUUGCAAGACUUGGUUCACGAGUUGGGGGAAAAUAUUCUGCACACGCUCUGCGAAACUUCAGCUAAGUGAGUCAAAGUGAAAGAGAGCCAUUACAAGUGCCUCAUGCGAUAUUCCUUUAUACAAGACAUAGACUUCCCUCAAGCUGAAAAUCAGGACCCAAAGUUUUGAUUUAUUAUUUUUUUCCCAUUGUGAUGUUUGUAUGCUUUCCGAUUCAAUAUUUCAGACCCAUUUCAUUGCCCUCAGCAUUUCUGAAAAAUCGCAAAAACGAGAAAACGAAGGCCUGAUGGGUCCUCGUCCCAAGCCCUCCACCAAUCAGCAUCGAGCAUCAUGCAGAAUCUUCAUUUCAGGAAUCAAAAAACAAACAAUUAAAAGAAAAAAAGAAGAAAAAAAACAAGAAGAAAAAAAGGGCAUUUUGAUACAGGUCUUCUAUGCAUUUUGUAAGACUUACUGAUCAAAAAUUGCGGUAGGAUUUUUCUACCUAAGAUAUGAGAUUCAUAAUUUUGUGUACUGUUAAAAUACACAGGCAGGUUGGUGAAUCGAAACCGAAAAUUUCAAGGAGAUCCGGUGAUAAUCAGACAUGCUGUACCACCAGCUUAUGCAUUGAUCUUUACCUCAGAACUGUCUGAGCAAUAAGUGCUAUCUCUUUCUGUUCUGUGUCACACCAAGCAAAGCUCAAAGCAAGCUCAUUUAAAAGCUGAGUAAUAGAAUUAUGCACAGUAAAAUCAUCUGUGAUAAAUUAAUUUGAAUAAAAUGCAUCCCUAUAUACAAACACUUGAUUAAAAAAAAAAUCGCUAUAAUAUUUUGAGUAUUUGAAUUUCAUUAUUCUAAAGACAGAAUUUAAUCCUGCAGAUUUUAAAAAUAGAAUACAAUGUGUUUUAAUUUAUCACUGGAGGUCUUUACUGUGCUGUACCAUAUCCAUAAAUGCUUACUUGGAAGAUCACACGCAAGUUCUGUUGCCAUACCUGUAAGCAUUUAGUAAAUUGCAAUUCGAUCGAUCUUAAGUGUUAAGACUUUAAAUCAGGGCUUAUACAUGAGUAUUACACAGCGCUCAGCUGUACAUCCGAGGUGUCAUCUGAAGUUCACAGCUCUCAGAAUCCUCAACCAGCCUGGGUAUUGAUAUUGACUUUGUACCUGAUUAUCGCAUUGGCAUCAGCACGUACUGUACAGAAACUUGGAUGAGCCUUGUAAAUGUUUAGUUUGGGUUUAUUUUUGUGAGGGGGAGAUUUUUUUCCAAAAGGUUCUUAUUGUAGCAUUUCCCUUACUGUAGCAGAUCUUACGAGAAAACAAGCUUAUUGUAUAUAAUUAUAGACCCUGGACUUUAUUAUUAUUAUUAUUAUUAUUAUUAUUUGUGUUCUCAAUUCCCCCAAUGUCUCACAUAUCAGAAAUAUAGAGCACUGUCGAGUUAUCCUGAGACAUGUGCAGCAUUUUAAACCGAGGUGCCCACUGGCUUGAUGAGAAGCUUGAUAUAUAAAAUGAUUCUUAUAAUUCAAUCUUGCAUGUCAGUAGUGAGUAUAAUAGUUUUAAUAGCACUGGCCCUUACAAUGAAAUUAAAUGUCCCCAUGGCAUGAUACUGUAUUCCACAGCCCAUGAGGCCAAUUGCAAUGUUUUAUAGAACAUCUGUUGCCAGGUUUAAAUUAUUCAAAUUGUUGAAUCUGAUCUGACAGCUUGAUUGCCCCCUAGUGCCCACUGUGGUAUUUGCACACUGUGGCCCUCUUUUUUUAUAUUCCUCUUCAUGACGUCUUCAACAGCAUAUCAAAAUCAAGAUUUAGAGACACAAGGACCACAAGUGUGUAGUCCUCAAAAAUAAGAAUUAGCAUGCCCACCGAACAUUUGUCCUGCUCCAUAUAGGUUUCCUUGUACUGGAGACCCUUAGAUGUUCAGUAGUCAGAGAUGUAGUCUCAAGGACGAUCCAAACUCUGAGCCAACCAAUAUGCAGUGAUGCAAUGUUUUUUUUUUAAAUAUUAUAAUGUCUGCAAGGUUCCUAUCAGUGCAAAUGUGCCAUUUAAAUGCUAAUCAAUGAUGUCAUACUCUUUCCCUCUACCAAGAGAAAUCCAGAUGUGCGUGUGGCGCUUUUAAAAUGUCAAAUCACAAACCGAGUGUUUCAGCUUUGAAUUUUCAACUUGAAUUUGCUAUAUUGGCCUUGUAAGGAGUCAGCCAUUGUACAGAACAAGAACACUUUUAUUUGUAAAAAGGAAAGAAAAGGAGAUGUUUUUAUAUCUAUAUUCUAGAAAUAUAGGAUAGAAGGCAGCAGGGGUGUAAAGUGCUUGAGCGAGCGUACUUCAUUACUAGAAUUAUUAUUUGAAACUAUAAAUGUAUAAAAUUACAUUUGUAUGAAAAAAAGGCCUUUUUUUAUUACGUUGUAAAAUUUAAUUUGUAUCUUUUAAAAAAGUGUAUAUUUCCCUGACCACCAUGACGAAAACCUGAAAGUUAAAAUAGGUCAUGUAAAAUGUAUUUGGCCAUAAUUAUGGUCUAAUUUAUAUGAAAUGCAUUGUUGAAGACUAAUAUGACUGAAGCGAGAAAACAGUUGGUGAUGAGUUUAUAAACCAGUGUUGAUGUUAGAAACUAAAACUAUUAAAAAUCUUUUCCUUAAUUGAAAUGUUGUCUUGGAAACUAAUCCAAAUAAAAAAUUUAAAUACUAAAGUUACUAAAACAAAUAUAAACUAUAUAAUAAUAAUAAAAAUUAUUACAAUUUUGUUUUAUUCUAACAAGUUUUAAAUUCUAGAUUGUUUGAAGUUUGUACAACAAACUUACAUAAAUGAGAAAAUCUCCACUGUCUCGGGAUUUCAUCUCGUCUAUUUCUAAAACUAAGAAGUUUACUUUUACUAAGUACAAUGUGCAAACUUUUGUACUUGAGGAAGUUUUGACUAGAUACUGUAAACCUUUGACACCGUACCCAUACUUCAGUGUCAUUUCUCAAUGCUUUUCACACCCCUGUGUGCCAGACUGCUCGGCCCACGAUAAUGAAAGCAGAGGACAUUCUGUUGUAUAAAGGAAGUAUUGAACCUCUCUGAGGCAGCCGCCCAGUCUGAAUUCUUGCAUCUCUUUUUCUCCAUCGGUGCUGAUCCUCCAACUGGCUGGCUGCAGUCACUUUUUUGCUUUCCCCCAUUCAGUGCAUACGGAGGUCACCACUUACAAGCCAGCGGAAAGCAGAUACAGCUGUUUCAAGUGUUCAGAUGGGGCUAGAAAAAAAACAUUUAUGUCAGCUCCUUUAUAAAGGUUGUACUUCCUUUAUAGCAUAAGCGUCCUCUCCUUCAUUUUGACUUAGCAUAGACCGGACUCUCAAGUAUAGAGAACGAGGAAGCAGGCAGCAGUGUGUUGCAGAUUUGUACCUGCCGGGUCUGAAGCGAGACCUCGAGUAGCCGUUAUUUUAGUGGCGUCCUCUGCAGGGAAGAUGCUGAGUGUGUAAAUAACAGUCCGUGAGGGGACACCUUGAACACAGAUGUACAGGUUUUUAAUUGUUGCUCUUGAUAUGUAUGAAGAUACUGUAUUGUUUUUGAAUGCAUCAACAGGGAGUUUUGAAUUAUGAAUAAUGACUUGCAGUUACAGAAUUAAACUGAAUAAAACUGAAAAAAAGA